UUGUCAGACCUGAAGCACAAGCCUAUCUUUAUCUGUUAUAUCAUGGGCAAAGUGAUAAAUGUGUUUACCUUAAUUAUUGUUAUUGUAACUGCUAUUCGAGUUAUAAAAACGAUUCGUUCGUCUACUUUGCCUGAUGCAGCGAGUCUUCACAGACGCCAAGAAAACAAACUGACAUGGCUGACUUAUAAGAUCAGUGGUGUGUGUGUCGCAUGUUGGGUGCCACAGUUUAUUUGCGCUGGUUUGUUAGCUUCAGACUUUGAUAGGGAUGUAGUAGUUAAUGCAAUGGUGAUAAUUUCAACAGUUGGACAUUACAACUAUGUUUUGAACCCUCUGGUGUAUCGAGAUAUACUGAACAGAAAAGGGAAUAAUGUUCCUAGGCAAGCCAACAGACGUUCAGUUUUGACGGGCGUUUCUGCCCCCUCUUGCACACAAGAAUAG